GGUCGGUGGAAUAUCAAAUAAUAUCUUCAAAGAUCAAAAUAAGAACAAUUUUUCAUGAAAUAAAUUAAAUGUUGGAGAUAGGAACGAAAAUUCUUGAGCUACCGGCGUUAAAAUAAGAUAAAUAUCUCAUUUUCCGACAAUUUUUUCAUUAUUCUUGAAUUAAUUUUUGUAGGCCAUACGUAAUCGUCACUGUUUUAUUACAUUAUCAAGUUGUUAUCAAGACAUACAGCGUGAUAGAUAGCGACAAUCCAGUUCAAUUGUCUUCCCCCACUCGUUUUCAACAUCGUUUGUAAGACCCUGUAGUUACAAUCAUAAGCGGAAAACUCAGCCAGUUCUCCUGAAAUGAAAUAACACUUAACUUGUCAGAUUACAUUCGUUUAAUCUCACAAUUAUUUUUUAAUAAUUUUCAACAGCUCAAUAUCAAAAAAUUAUUUUGUUACAAUGGCUGACGAAUCGUACAUUUUGAAGCCAGGUCAGCUAAUCAAAGCACAAAUAAACGAAGAAGAUGUGAAGCAAUUGCUCAAAUUACGCUAUGGUUUUGAAGUGAGUCAAGUUACCGAACUCGAUGCCUACGACGAUCGCAACUAUCGAAUACUUUGUAAAACAGUAAACAAUCCUCAUAUUUCGUCGUUGGCCGAAGAUGGAUAUGUUUUUAAGAUUAUUAACUCAUUAGAUUCACAAAAAAUAGGAUUUUUCGAAGCUCAGAAUGAACUGCUUGUCUACCUCAACAAAAAAAAUUUUGUUUGUCCAAUUCCAGUUAAACAAAUUAAUGGAUCCUAUUACUCUGUCGAAAGUAUUGGACCCGAAGGUCAACGACAUCUUUUGCGCCUUCUGAAAUAUAUACCAGGAGACGUUUUACAAAAUUCUCCAAAAUGCCCGGAACUAUUAAAACAAGUGGGAUUAUUUACCGCUAAAUUUGACGAUGCUUUGAAAGAUUUUUCUCAUCAAGCUUAUGAAAUUCAAAAAUCGCUCUGGUCGCUUGAGUCAAUUCCUAAACUUCGUGACUUUGUUCAUGUUCUCAAAAAGAGCACGGAGAUUAAAAUAAUUGAAGAAAUUCUUCAUACUUUCGAAAAUCGUGUAAUACCAUUAUUAAACAAGUUAGAAGUUGGUAUUAUUCACGGAGAUUUAAAUGAAAAUAACAUAAUUGUAAGCAAAGGUGGAAAAAGCGUUGAGGCCAUCAUUGAUUUCGGCGAUUCGCAUAAAAGUUGUUUGGUAUUUGAAUUAGCAAUAUGUCUCUGCUACAUGAUAACUCAAUAUGAAAAUAUUGAAUGUGCCAAACAUGUUAUUGAAGGGUACAGAAUGAUUCGACAGCUCACGCACCAAGAAGUUGAGAUACUCAAAUUGUGCGUGUGCGCAAGAUUUGCUCAAAGUUUAGUCAUGGGUACAUAUUCUUAUCUAAAAGAACCUCAGAAUCACUAUUUAAUUAGAACACACUCACUCAAGUGGCGUUUGCUCAAAGAACUGUGGUGUAUGAAAGAUGAAGAAGCUUUAAAACUUUGGAACAUUAAACUAUGAUUCGUGAUUAUUUUUUAAGUUGUAUUUUCAGACAUACAUAACAUGUUUGAUUUUUUUAUGAAUCCACGUAAACGAAUUAGAAAUAUCAAGAAUUUCAUUCAUUUUAAAGCCUCUUUGGAUCAAUUUGAGAAAGAAUGUAAUAUAUUUCAGACUUUUUGUUCUAUAAACUUUUUCUCUAAACUCGAUAGUUUAUGAGAUAAAAAAUAA